AAUAGAGUAUAGUGCAUUACAUCCGUAUGUAAUUAUGUAUAAUCUUUACGUACCUUCCUUUGAAAACUUUCUUUAAUAACGAACUUAUCUAAUCAAAGCGAAAAAAAAUUAUAAUUUUUUUUGGGGAUAAUAUAACGUUAUCUAGCCCAGCAAAGUUUUGACAUCAUAUCUCAACGGUCGGUGAAAAACGCUUGUAUACCUAUCAAGACAUUGUUGCCGACGCCUAUGUAACGUGUAAGUAGAAUAUAAUAAUCAUUGCGGCCCUGCUGCUUAGCUAUUUGGCUACUCCCCCUUUCUCGUAAAAUUGAUGAUAUAUAUUUGAACAAGAUGUUAUCUAAAUUCAGCAAAAAUAGUGUAUAUUCUGGUACUAUUGAUUACUUCUGUCUUGUCUGUGAGGAAUAUCUUAAAACUGAGAAUGAUGUUACAGUACAUAUAGAGAAACAAGUGCAUACGAAGAAUUUGAAAUCUACGCCGUACUUCGAGGAUAAAUUUCAGGAAUCAGUAAGAAAGGUCAAUGCUGGAUACUAUUGUGAAUUUUGCAAUCAGUUAUUUACAACCAGUGCCAUAGUCAAGCUACAUAUCACCGAUGCUAUCCACAUAUCGAAAAAGAACUUUAUUAAACGUGUUGGAAAUACAAUUGUAAUCAAUGAUGAUGUUUCUAUUGAUGAGAAAUCUUGGAAUGGUUUUAUAGACAAGACCUGCUUUGUUUGUAAUUUGGAGUUUGAUGAUGAAAAUAUCCAUAAAACUAACAAGAAACAUAUUUUGAAUUUGAUACAGAGCAAAGUUGAGUUUCGUGAUAAAGGGGUGUUUAGAAAGAUUGAAAACAAUUUAUUCCAAUGUUUAAUUUGUAACAACCCAGUGGAUUCUACUCAUUUUGAGUCAAGUGAGCAUGAAGAAAAAUAUGAAAAAUGUCGUCUUAAAAAUAUUCCUUCUACAAGCAAUAGCAUUGUACAAGAAACAAAUGAAGAACAGAAAAAAACGGAAAUCGAUCCUAAGCGUAAUGAGAACCAACUCGAUAAACAAGCAAAUGAAAUAAAACCAAAAGUGAGUACAAAUAAAAAGAAAAAAGUGCAUAAUAAAAAUGUUGCUGACAAUAAUUAUCAUGACAUUGAUCAGUUUGUACUUAACAAAUUAGGUGCCAAAGAUUACGUUACUGAUAAAGACAGUAAAAAAUGGUGUUUGCUAUGUGACUGGAUUUUAGAACCUAACAUAGUCUCCGCACACAUAAAUUCCCAGCAUCAUUUAACAAUGUUGAGACUUCAUAAAGAACGUAUUGCAAACAAAUCACCUAUUCAGGUGGAAUCAGAUGUUGAGGAUAAUGCGGUAUAUGACAAAGUAACUACAACUGACCCUGUUUCUGACGAACUAAUGGAUUCUAUAACUGAAUUUGAGAGACACGGUGUAAAAAUAAAUUUGGAAAUGCGUACGGCUUACUGCACAAAAUGUUCUGUACAUUUAGACUUUCAAUCUGAAAUUAUUAAAAGCCAUAUUGAAGACCAUAAAACUAAAAAGAACAAACAAACUGAGAAAAAAAACAAACCUGAGAAAGAUAAUAAUGAACAGAGUGGUACAAAAUUAUAUACGAAACCUGUGUCGAUGAAACAAAAAAGUAAACUUAAUAAAAGAGAAGAGGAGACACCAUCAUGUGAAAGUGAAGAUUUGCAAAGAUUUGCCAAAAAUAACGAUUUAAUUUUAAAGAACAAUAAGUAUUAUUGUAGCGUGUGUAGUGUAUCCCUAAAUGUCUCCUUGAAAUCUUUAGAAGAACAUGUUUCGGGGCCUGCACAUAAGAACAGAAUUUUGAGACAGAUGAAGCAGUUGGAUGGGAAAUUAAACACCACUGCCAAACUACCAAUGGAAGCCUUUAUGAAGACUGUCAAUAUUGUCGAAAAUAUAUUUUUCAAAGAUUUUGUUAUCAAUGACAAAUAUUGCAUCAAUAUUUUGGCUUUUUAUAUGUUCACAAGAAUUGGAACUGGCUUGAGAUGUCAGCCAUGCGAGGAACAGUUUAAUGCUAAUGAUGCAGAUGUGCAUAAGAUUACAGAUAGACAUGCAUGUAAAAUGCAAACUGUUCCUGUUUUGACAUCCUUGGAUGGUGAAUUUAUAAGAGAGGUACGCCCCAACGUGCUUCAUUGUGGUUACUGCAAUUUGGUUAUGGACGAGGAUAAUCUGACUGACCACCUAAACAGCAAUGCACAUGAUGAGAGCAAACGUUCAGCAAAUAGCCGUUUGGAGAAAUAUCUCCCGGAAAUACGGCAGAAACGUCAGGAGGAAACAGUACAAAUGAUGUUCAUGGAUAUGUUGAGAGGAAGUCUAACAUUUUAGAAAAAUUUCAAUAUAUCCAUGAUAUUGCCUAUAUUUUUAUCUCUUAAAACAAUGUAUUUUUUUAUUAUAGUCAUUAUUGUAUGCAAAAUAAUAGAGAUAUCUUAAAGACUUACAAAGUAUUCACCAAUCAUCUUUUUUAAAUACAAACCAAAUUGCUGUUUGUAUAAAUUCUGCGCUGUUAUUGGUUGUCACUUUAUGCUUAAGACAUAAAUAACAAACUAAGCGAAAUGGGAAUUACCUGUAAGUAGACAUGACUAAUAUCGGUGCUGCUCCGAUAUCUAUAUAGAUAAUAUAUGUAUAUAUUAGAUUCUGAACAUUAAUAGCGGAGAAAAGGUCAUUACUCAUUUCGUUAUCGCCCAUACCAAUCGGAAUGGUUACAGAUAUAUUAAUUUCGAUCGGAUCUUCAUUU